AUGACUGUCAAGAAUCAACUAAGAUCCAUCAGUUUACCUUCAAGAUCGCAUCCGAGCACUACAGAGAUCAAGGAAGCUCUUAAUAAGGUUAAAGCGAUUGACACCACGACGGGUUCUUCAGAAUCAAUCUUGACGGCAUUGGCUGGUUUGGAGGAGCUCUAUAAUUGUACGGAGGAGUUUCUGAAAAUGGGUUCGACGCUGCGUGUUAUGUCGACGGAUGGAUCAGAGUUUAUGGAGGAGAUGCUUGAUGGGUCUUUAAGGCUAAUGGAUAUAUGCAACAUCUCUAGAGACCUCAUGGUGGAGACUCACGAACAUGUUCGUGGUGUUCAGUCAUGCGUAAGACGCAAGAAAGUAGCCGGAGGAGGAACUGAUCAACUCGAUGUCGCCGUCUCCGGCUAUGUCAAAUUUAGAAAAAACAUGAGAAAAGAAGCUAAGAAGCUUCUUGGAUCCUUAAAGAAAUUCGAUGGAGUGUCGACAUGUUCAUCGCCGGGGGUAAGUGAGGGCCAACAAGAUGAACAUCUUGCGGCUGUUAUAGAUGCGAUGAGACGAGUUGUUUCAGUUAGUGUGUCGGUGCUGAAGUCGUUCUUAGAGUUCUUGUCGGGACGACAAAGUAACAUUAAGAGCAAGUUAACUUCCGUACUAAAGAAAAAGAAGAAUCAUCAUGAGGAGACGAAGAACGAGCUGGAGAGUUUGGAUUCAACAAUAUGCUGUUCUCGUGAUGACCUACAAAAUAAGCUUGAAGAGGUCGAGUUGAGCAUUGACGGAUUCGAGAAGUAUCUAGAAGGUUUAUUUCGAAGGUUGAUAAGAGCACGAGCCUCGCUUCUCAACAUAAUUUCUCAUUAA